GAACCCACUGAAUUCAAACUCACCCGACUGAGCCCUGCAAGAUGUAUUCAAGCACGGGGUUCUUUGAGUUCAUAUUCUCGGACAAUCCGAAGGAUCUCAAAGCUGCAUACGAAUCAUUGGAUUCCAAACCUUACCAGAUAUUUGACCUUCUCUUGAGCGAAGAGCGUUUCACAAAUUUCUUCUCAAGAAUGGGAGUUUAUGGAAACAACCUUGCGAACCUGUUGAGUCAAUCUCCUGGCUUCCGGAAGGACAGUUACAGUGGCUUGCUGUUACGAGAAAUGAUUGGAGCCUUUACUCUCUCAUUACUCACAGAAAGUUUUGAUGACAUGAAUUCUAGGGGUGCAGUUGCAAGAAUUGUCGUCUCGGUGGUAAAGCUAUCGGAUCCAAGGACGAUAGGGCACUUUGGUGUGAGAUUGGGAACUCUCCCAGCGAUAUUGCGGGUUUUGAUUCAGGAAGGGCACAUAAAGAAGUUAGCCUUGACUCACAAACAGUGCUUUGAAAAUCUCAUCUCUGAAUUCCAAGCGAAGGAGCAGUGGGUUGGGUUUGUUGUGGACCUCUACAAGGAUUGUAAAGUUCACGGGUCGAGGCCCAAGAGAACCAGUGAUGUGGAGCUGGCGAAGUUUAUUCGCACUGUCCCUUGUGAGUUUUGUAUCUCCAGCGCUCCUGCAGACCGCGGACAUAGUAAGGAGCCUGUGAGGCAGCCUGCGGGGGUCCAGCGCCACAACUUCCAGCCGAUCACAGAGCCGGACGCGUUUGAACACCUCUUAGGCGAGCCCCUGGGGCCAUGGAAGAUAAUUCUUUCGCAACGGGCGAUGGAGGAUCUGGAAGAAACGAACCGUCAAGGUGCUCCUUCUAUUAAGCUAAAGGUUUCUGGAAAUCGCUGAUAUUAGCUAGGUGAUCUCGAGAGUGUUCAACGCAAGUUUACCGAGCUCGCCUCCGGGGACUGGGCUGGAGAGAAAACACUCGGUAGGGUAGAAUGGGGCAACGAACUCACCUAUGAAAUUCCACUAUUCAAAGCUUUCUGCAAUGCCGGUCAUUUUAUAUUAUGGCAAAUUGAUGCCGCUUUUGACGAAAGGUUUGGCAAAGAUUACCAGGUUAUAAAAGGUCUGGAUGCCUAUGGAACUAGCCUCAUAGGUAGAGAGCUGACAAAAGUUAAUCGCGGUUUAGUAUGGACUAUUGGCGAGCCCGAAAAUGUGAGUGUUUAGCACCAAAAUGAUGCAGGUAUGGCGAUAUUAAGAUAGAGCAGCUCGAUAAGAUUUCUGUGUAUAUCCACCGGGCACAGCAAGCCUAUACGAAAGCUCGAGUGAAGGCUUGUGAGAGAGAGGAUUUGGAUGGGUCACCGGGGAUCAGGUAUCCAGUGCAGGCAUUACUGGAUAGUGAGGAGAGUGGUAUUAUCGGGGCUGAUGACGCCUUCAAUGGGGAUUUUGGUGGUUCGGCUGAACUGGGUAAAGAAACCGAAAUACCGCUGCUUGAAUUGUUUCAUCGGAAUGCUAAAUCUGCGAUUAAUAGCAAAGUUUUAUAGUCUUACUACUACUGUUCUGGACAAUAUUGCUUCUGCAGCCGGGAAGGUGGCAUACCCGAUAGCGAUAUCAUCGGAGGAGGCUAGGGUCGUCGAUCACUUCGUGACUCCAGCGUUCAUUCUUGGGAGAAGUGGGACCGGGAAAACAACAUGCUUAGUUUAUAAAUUGGCAGGGAGGUAUCUGAGUAGUAGGGGGGAUGAGCAGCCGUUGAGACAAGUAAGUGAUUGCAGGAUGUCUAAGAUUAUAUUAAGAUCUGAGAUAGUGGUGCUGACUAAGAAAACAACUAUAGGUCUUACUCACGAGGUCGAAGAGAUUGGCGUCGAAAUUAAGAGCUAAUACCGAUGGGUUGAUUGCAGCGAGAUUUGGCAAAGGGAGGGUGGUCUCUGAGGCCACAUAUGCCAAAAAGGACGAUAUUGAUGAAAACACGAAAAAGCAAUUCUCAUCGCUCGCCGAUACGGAGUUCCCACUUGUAUGCACUUUUGACUAUCUAUUAAGACUUAUUGAGAAUAGUCUCAGGUUUGUUGCUCCACCUGCUUGAACUGUUGCUGUAUAGCUGCACCGCUGAGCCACCUUAGAGAACGGGAGAACCGGAGCAGAUACCUGACGAUAGACAGUUCUAAAUGCACCCGCGUGGUCGACUUUCGGAAGUUCAACAUCGAGUAUUGGGAACACCUGUCCCCAGGAUUAAAGAAGGGUAUCCCGGUAGAUCUGGCAUUUCUUGAAAUCAUGGGAGUCAUCAAGGGAUCAGUUUCGGUGGCCACAGACUUCAAGCCGUUAUCUCGCGAAGAGUAUUUGGGGAAGCGCUGGAGACUGGCCCCAAACUUUGCCUCGGAGCAGGAGAGAGGUGUUGUCUAUGACAUAUACGAAUGGUAUGAGCGAGCUAAGGGAAGACGUAGGGAUAUAGACCAGGCAGACAGAAUCAUCAAAGUUAUGAGGGCUUUGGAGGCAUUUAGGUCUUCGGAGAUAUCUGAGGAUAAUGAACUGGAACAAAAUAUUCGAAGGAUACUACACGAAAUCUAUGUGGAUGGUUAGCUUUUCUGGAUCACAACUACUAACUCUGCGAGGUAUUAACAAAAGGGCAGAAGUGCAGGACCAUAGAGCCUCGGAAAUUGGUCUACUUUUGACCCUAGUGGAAUAUCCUCGGCGAAUCCAUUUCGGUAUUGUGCUCUCUAUCUCCUGUUCUUUCCAUUUUGUCCCCGGUUCUCACCAGCGAACAGCGGGUGAUACGGCCCAGUGUAUAUCCAAGGACGCUCUAUUCCGGUUUCCAAAUGCAAAAGCCUUAUUUUAUGAGCGCUUCAGGGACAGCACUAGCAGCACCAGAGACUUGAUCCCAACAUUGCUUCCCUUACGGCACAACUUUAGAUCUCACAAACAGAUUCUGAGAGUUGCCUCCUUGUUGAUGGACCUUCUUUAUAGAGGUGCGCUACUCACCUGAAGACUCCUGUGCCUCCAGCUAUACUCACGAAGAGAUCCAGGAUUUCCUGAAUUGGUUGACGAGUUACCCCCUGAAGUUGGGGAUAUUCCCGGCCCUGAACCUACUCUUUAUAGUAACCCAUCCUCCGCUGGUAUUAGCCUAUGCAGCUGAUUUUUGAAGUUGGGAACAAUAUAACAGAUGUCCUGAAGCUGCUGGAGAAAAUGGAGAAACCUCGAGAAUCAGACACCCGGAGCGGGAAGUUCCAUGAAUAUGGAGAAGCACGGGUUAUUUUGGUGCGGGAUGAGGAAACACGCGACAAGCUUCGGACAGAGCUUGGAAGAUCCUCGCUGGUGUUAACUAUUCUCCAGAGUAAGGGAAUGGAAUUUGAGGAUGUUUUCCUCUAUGAUUUCCUUAGUACAAGCCCAUACAGAGAUCGAUUAAAUAUCUUGGAAGAACUUUUCAAACGGGAUCAUAUGGGUGAGAUUUACUUUACGGAGGGUAUUAUUUUGAGGGGAGGAUCAUGGGCUAACCGCUUUCAACCUCAAAAGAUUUAUCUCCGGGGGAUGGUUUAGGGCUUGAAGGAGAAGGCGAGAGUAGUAGGGGGAGCAAAUAUGAACGUAGAGCUAGGCGGGGGGGUGGAUAUAAUCUCUCUGCGCAAGUGCACCAUCUAGAUUGGGCGAAAGAUAAUAUCGUGAGCAACUACCGAUAUAUGGUAAAAGAGAUGCUAAUGGCGUCACAGGUCCUGUGUUCAGAAUUGAAGGUAACCCAGUAGUAGUUCGCCCCUUGGUUUAACUUUCUUUUAUUUGCUAAUCCUAAGUGGAUGUGAAGAAUUUAUAUGUCGGAGUGACGAGGGCCCGCAACAAACUAUGUUUACUGGAAAGUAACUCAAGUAUAUUGAACCCAGUUCGCCGCCUGUUCAAUCAAACGGCAAGCUUGCUACUGCCGCGCAAGUACCCUAGCCCCAUACUAAAGAUUUUGGAACAAGAUAUAGGAGUAUGCCCUAAACCCCGACUACUAUUCCCUCUAACAUCCUUAGGUUUCGGAGCUGCAUACGCGGUUGUCUACAGGAAGGACCAUCAAUGCUUCUGAGUGGAAGGAGAUGGGGUAUCAAAUGAUUGACGAUCAGCAAUACUCUGAAGUUCGUCAGCACACCUUGUGUUUUCAAUGAAUAAGACUGAUUAUUUCUAGGCUCUACGAUGCUUUGAGAAUGCAGAGUGUCAUCAUGGCAUUACAUUGGCGAAUGCGUAUAUCACCGAAGAAAUUGGACUCACUAAGAGAGCACGGCGGCUGCUUGAAGCAGCAAAACUUCAUUUCAUAGAGGCAUCAGACCUUUUCCUACAAGCCGGCAGCAUCGCCAGGGCAGUUCAAUGCCGGAAGGAAGGGGGCGAUCUAAGGGGUGCAGCCAGUGAGUAAAUCCCAUGGGGUGUCCCAAUAUCAGGGCUUAAAUGAUAUAGGAAUUCUCGCCGUUAGUGGAGCAUAUGAAGAUGCUGCGUGGCUUGCAGCAGAAGCUGGCUUGUUUUCGGAAGCAAGCGGGGUAUAUAGCAAACUUAAUAAACACGGGAAAGCACUAGCGGGAUAUGCUCGUGGGAAACAAUUUACAGGGCUAUUUGAAUAUAUUGAAAAGUCUGUACCAGGUCUCCUUCUCUAAUUGUUUCCGGGACCCUGAAGGGGUGUUGCGGGAGUAGCUGACCAAGGGGAACAACAGUUUUGAAUCAGAAGUUGAGCCAUGCUGUCGGAAACAGUACGUACAGUUCGGCUAUCUAAAAGUGUUCGCAGAGAGCGAUACGAUUCCCGAUGAGUUUGAAAAACGAGUUAUCAACCUAAUUGGGUCUCUGCAGGAGCAAGAAAUGCUUUUAUCAAGAUUUAACCUGAUGAAAAAACUUUUCGAAUUGCUCAGAACUAACGGAAAAUACAUGGAGGCCUACGAAGUUGGAAUAAAUUCUGGGCUUCUGGAGAGCUCCAUCCAGUUGCUUAGUAACAAAAUACUUCCAAGAAAUCCAAAUUGGGGACAGGGACCACAGCUAGGUGCGGCGUGUAAAUUUCUGCAGGCAGAGCAUAUGGCGACCAAUUCUUUCCUCAGAACUGGGGGAGGUGGGGGGAUCCACAAAGUACUGCGAGCGGCCGUUGGGAGAGGGAGCUCACAAAUCAAUUCCUUUGUCAAGAUGUGGGAUGAUUUCAAUCGAGCUCUCGAUAGCGCUGAUUGGAACAAGACCAGUAUAGAGAUAGGGAAGCUCGAGGAUAUUCAGGUUGCUGGUUACGUGGACAUUCUGGUUUGUUUCUGUGGGAUGUUUAUGCGCUCUUCAGCUCUAACCCACUCAUAGGUAACGCGGAGCGCGCAUCCGAACAACGAAUUCUGGCUUCCGCUUGAUCAUAUCGACCGAGCGCUUGAAGAUUUGAGGAUAUUCUCUUCACGUGGGACGAUUCCGCCUUCGGCCCAGCUAUAUUGCGGGAUAUACGAGCUCCCUCGUCAGUCGGGCAAAUACGCUGUCCUGGACUGGUCUCCAUUCUUUGAUAACUCCGGGCCACGGCCCCCACAUAUCCCGGUGGAUGUUGAAUCGCUAAAGGAUAAAAUAUUAAGGCAUAUUUUAGGGGACAUAGUCCCUUCUCUUGCCUCACUUGAUGAAGGGUUGCGGAAAAUAUGGAGUAGCAAAUCCGGACGCCAGUCCGUAUCCCCGCCGGCGCUAGGUAGGGACCACCCCCGAAAGUUCCAUUUCAUCGAGUAUAAUACCUUACUUACAUGUAACUCAAGGGGAAACCCUUUUUGAAAAAGUAGAUGUAGGUUCUGUGCACCGAAAUUCUCCCUCAGACAGCUCACUCACAGCGUACCAGUUGCUAGCCCGCCUUUGCGGAAUAUUCUCUGAAUUUUCUGCAAUACUUAAGGGCAAUAGACAUCCUAACGAUUCCUUGUCACGGAGUUGUGAGAUCCCCCACAUUAUCCCACUCAGCUAUCUUCAUAUCUGAUAUAGUACAGGUGACUACAGAUUUUGGAGAGCGGUCCUUCUAGAGCAAAUGGAGUUCAGAUCCUCAUACGAGCAGAGCCUUGAGGCGCUAUUUAAAACCAGGACUAAUUUCGUGGCUCAUAACGGGAAAUAUCGGGCGUUAUACUCAGCUUUGAUUGAGGAUGACACAACAGAAUAUCGGAUAGAAUCAGCUGUUCAAAUGGGCGUGGGGGGUUGUGUCUCUUUGUUUUUAGCUCAAUACCAAACCUCGCUAUUUCUGGGUAUGUGGAGAAGUGCACUAAAGUCUCUACGAACAAACAGAGUUGCAGUCUAACAAGCAACAGGCUAUGAUCGCCAGUGGAAGUUAGGGCUCCGAGAAUUACGCGAUCGGGAAUGGAACAGGGGAAACUUGAGUCUCAAAUAUGGCUCGGAAAUCGUAAAUUUAGUCCAUCGUUUUUUGUCGGAGACUGAAACGGGCGAUUUUCCCGGGAGAUUUGUAUGUUUGGCUCAGCGACCUUCAUUAUGGUCGGUUGGUUAACUUUUAAUAGUGCGAAAACAUUUACAGCAUCCUGGGUGCUCUGGGGAGAUCAAAAAAUUCACAUAACUUUUACUCAGCAUCCGUCAUUUCUCUUUAUGAGGAACUGGCCCUAUCCUUGGUAAGAGAGUGAUUUAUAUUCGGGUCCUGACACUAACAAGUGUAGAUUUUCCUAGUUCGGUCUUUUGAGUUUCUCAUUCCGGAUUCCUGGCAUCGCUUGUACUUCAAUAGAUGGGAAAAAAAAUAUAGGUCACCUUCGGCUCUCGAACGCUUCCGGUACCAGCAGUGUCUGACCAAAGUUUGUUCGAGCUUCUGCGAGAUGGUUAUAAAUAUAGAGGGAAGACGUUCUGGAGAGUUCGCUUUGGGCCGACGGAGCGUCACCUUAAUAGUUGUAUGCCUCAUCAAUUUAGGGACAUUUUUCCCCCGACCUCUAGAAUACGCAGAAUUGUGGCGGAAGUCCCAAGAGGUUUGCUUUUCCACCCAACAAGCUCUUGAGGGCUGCGAUUUGCUUAUUUUCUACCCAGGUCUUCUGUUGUGAGGGGUUGAAUGCUCGCGGUAUCUUAGGGCUUCGAGAGGACAAACUCAUAGGACGUUUAGCUAAAGUCUUCCAAGAGUAUAGGGGGAACGAUUUAAUCCGCCUUGUGAUGGGCCACUAUAGGUGGGUCGACUCGUUUGCCGGAAUUCCACUUAACAGAAACGGAAUCUCGGUGGUGAGGGGCCACCCCAUUAAACUAGGGAAAAGGCAUUUAUGGAAAGCGAGCAGGGACCAAAGCACGAGGAAGCUCAAUGCUGCACAUAUUCUGACUGCUUUCUGGAAAUUGAAUGGGCCGGGAUUUCUGCGGAAGAUGAAGGAGCUCCGGAGGCGCCUUAGUGCUGCUCGUAUUUUGACAAAUUUUUGGAAAAUGAAUGGGCCGGGGUUUCUGGACAAGAUGAAGGAGCGCAGAAGGUACUUUGCGCCGAGGUAUAAAUACUCUAAAAAUUGUUGUCUAGUGGUGGAUGUGAGAGAGGAUAAAAAUUGGAUGUAUUGAUGGCAGAUCUUUUUUUCAUCCCUUUGCAUCACACUUCCGUGAGGCUGUUAGAUUAGGUUAGCAACGGGGAAAAGAGCUUUACGUUUCGAUCUCUUAAGUUAUAGGAUUUAGCAUUUUACCGAUUUUUUUACCACU